UCAGUGAUCAUUCGAAAAGUCAAAUACAUGUCGUUUUUUUACAACUCAAUUCUAGGCUUCAUUUUGUCAAUUUGCUAAAUUGAAUUGAGGAUCAAAAACAGUAACAGUAGGCCUACUCUAUAACAAAGGCAUAUUCAUAAUCUGGACAAAAACAACGGAAAUUCAUUGAUGUGAUUUUAAAACAAACCUUUAAAAAGUAUGAUAUGGACAAUAUUAAAUAUCGAAAUACAUUGGCACAGGUUUUUGUGCAUAGCCUGUAUUGGUUAUUUGCACUGUGACUACGGUUUUGACUACUGGGGGAAAGGGACAAUGGUUACAGUUUCAUCAGCCUCAUCAACUGCUCCGACUUUGUUUCCUCUUGCGCAAUGUGGCUCCGGGACCGGAGAUAUGAUGACUCUGGGUUGCAUUGCCACUGGCUUCACGCCUGCCUCCCUCACCUUCAAAUGGAAUGAACAAGGCGGGAAUUCCCUGACUGAUUUCGUUCAGUACCCUGCCGUCCAAACCAGUGGAAGCUACAUGGGAGUCAGUCAACUCCGUGUAAAGAGAGCAGACUGGGACAGUAAAAUCUUUGAAUGCGCCGUGGAACAUUCAGCUGGUUCAAAGACUGUACCAGUGAAGAAACAAGUGCAGCGGGUCAUUCCUCCAAAUAUCACCCUGUAUCCUCUCUGGGAGGAACUGGAGGGAGGAUCGAAGGUGGGACUCCUCUGCAUUCUGAGUGAAUUCUACCCUGACAAGCUCAGUGUGGAGUGGCUGCUGGAUGACAAGACUGUGACCACCUAUCCAGUCCAGCGGAAGCUGCAGAGUGUAGAAGGUGAGGAGAAAACUUUCAGCCUGAACAGCCAGCUGGAGCUGGACCAGAGCCAAUGGACUCAAGGGUCAGAGGUCACAUGCAAGGCCAUCCACAAUGCAGCACAAGGACCACAUCCAGGAACAACAGUCUCCAGGACAAUUAGCAUUUGCUCAGCUUUUCCCUCGUCGACUCCAUCCCUCCACCUGGAGACCCCCAGGUUCAGGACAGUGAUGACACAGACUGAGGUAACAGCUACAUGUGUGGUCCACUCUGCGUAUGACGCCAAAGUGUCCUGGCAUCUGGAUGGAAAAGACCCAACCAGCAGGACCCCAGUGAACCAGGCCAGCAGCACAACUCAGAGCAUCAGCAGUAACCUGACUCUUCCCUCAAGCCAAUGGAAAACCCUGAACACAAUAACAUGCAGAGCUGAACAUCGCUGCUUCAACCCCACACAGAGGACCAGCAAUGUUAAUGGAACUGCAGUGACCAGCACUCCCACAGUUCUGAUCAGGAGGUCUCUCCCAGACUUACUGGAUGGAGACAGUGCUGUGCUGGAGUGUGCCAUCACACAACUCUCCUCCAGUGACCUCUACGUCACCUUUCAGGCCAAUGGGGUUGAUUUCCCUGAGAAACAGUAUGUAGAUCUGCCUGCCUCCAAAGACCACCAUUCACUCACCAGACGGUUCUCUAUACCCACAUCACACUGGAAGAAAGAAAACACUUUCACCUGUAAAGUGAACCAAGGCUACUCCAACAGCUGGGUGUCUAACUCCACAGGAACACUUUUUGGUGAACUGUCCAUGGAACUCCUUCUAGUCCCUAAUGAGGAGAUGUCAGGCUCAGGGACCCAGAAACUCAUGUGUUCUGGGCGGGGCUUCAACCCUCAGAUCAAGUGGCUGUCUGGGUCUAAACAGAGGUCUGCAGCAGACAAUGAGAGAAGGAUGAGGGAAGACGGACAUGUGGCAGUAACCAGUCAUAUCACAGUAACACAGCAGGAGUGGAAUGAGGGGAAGGACUUCAUCUGUGAGGUCAUAGACAAAGAUCUUCAGAAAACUGUCAGGAAGAGCACCAGUUUAUGCACAGCUUUUCCCUCGUCUACUCCAUCGCUCCACCUGGAGACCCCCAGGUUCAGGACAGUGAUGACACAGACUGAGGUAACAGCUACAUGUGUGGUCCACUCUGCGUAUGACGCCAAAGUGUCCUGGCUUCUGGAUGGAAAAGACCCAACCAGCAGGACCCCAGUGAACCAGGCCAGCAGCACAACUCAGAGCAUCAGCAGUAACCUGACUCUUCCCUCAAGCCAAUGGAAAACCCUGAACACAAUAACAUGCAGAGCUGAACAUCGCUGCUUCAACCCCACACAGAGGACCAGCAAUGUUAAUGGACCUGCAGUGACCAGCACUCCCACAGUUCUGAUCAGGAGGUCUCUCCCAGACUUACUGGAUGGAGACAGUGCUGUGCUGGAGUGUGCCAUCACACAACUCUCCUCCAGUGACCUCUACGUCACCUUUCAGGCCAAUGGGGUUGAUUUCCCUGAGAAACAGUAUGUAGAUCUGCCUGCCUCCAAAGACCCCCAUUCACUCACCAGACGGUUCUCUAUACCCACAUCACACUGGAAGAAAGAAAACACUUUCACCUGUAAAGUGAACCAAGGCUACUCCAACAGCUGGGUGUCUAACUCCACAGGAACACUUUUUGGUGAACUGUCCAUGGAACUCCUUCUAGUCCCUAAUGAGGAGAUGUCAGGCUCAGGGACCCAGAAACUCAUGUGUUCUGGGCGGGGCUUCAACCCUCAGAUCAAGUGGCUGUCUGGGUCUAAACAGAGGUCUGCAGCAGACAAUGAGAGAAGGAUGAGGGAAGACGGACAUGUGGCAGUAACCAGUCAUAUCACAGUAACACAGCAGGAGUGGAAUGAGGGGAAGGACUUCAUCUGUGAGGUCAUAGACAAAGAUCUUCAGAAAACUGUCAGGAAGAGCACCAGUUUAUGCACAGCUUUUCCCUCGUCUACUCCAUCGCUCCACCUGGAGACCCCCAGGUUCAGGACAGUGAUGACACAGACUGAGGUAACAGCUACAUGUGUGGUCCACUCUGCGUAUGACGCCAAAGUGUCCUGGCUUCUGGAUGGAAAAGACCCAACCAGCAGGACCCCAGUGAACCAGGCCAGCAGCACAACUCAGAGCAUCAGCAGUAACCUGACUCUUCCCUCAAGCCAAUGGAAAACCCUGAACACAAUAACAUGCAGAGCUGAACAUCGCUGCUUCAACCCCACACAGAGGACCAGCAAUGUUAAUGGACCUGCAGUGACCAGCACUCCCACAGUUCUGAUCAGGAGGUCUCUCCCAGACUUACUGGAUGGAGACAGUGCUGUGCUGGAGUGUGCCAUCACACAACUCUCCUCCAGUGACCUCUACGUCACCUUUCAGGCCAAUGGGGUUGAUUUCCCUGAGAAACAGUAUGUAGAUCUGCCUGCCUCCAAAGACCCCCAUUCACUCACCAGACGGUUCUCUAUACCCACAUCACACUGGAAGAAAGAAAACACUUUCACCUGUAAAGUGAACCAAGGCUACUCCAACAGCUGGGUGUCUAACUCCACAGGAACACUUUUUGGUGAACUGUCCAUGGAACUCCUUCUAGUCCCUAAUGAGGAGAUGUCAGGCUCAGGGACCCAGAAACUCAUGUGUUCUGGGCGGGGCUUCAACCCUCAGAUCAAGUGGCUGUCUGGGUCUAAACAGAGGUCUGCAGCAGACAAUGAGAGAAGGAUGAGGGAAGACGGACAUGUGGCAGUAACCAGUCAUAUCACAGUAACACAGCAGGAGUGGAAUGAGGGGAAGGACUUCAUCUGUGAGGUCAUAGACAAAGAUCUUCAGAAAACUGUCAGGAAGAGCACCAGUUUAUGCACAGCUUUUCCCUCGUCUACUCCAUCGCUCCACCUGGAGACCCCCAGGUUCAGGACAGUGAUGACACAGACUGAGGUAACAGCUACAUGUGUGGUCCACUCUGCGUAUGACGCCAAAGUGUCCUGGCUUCUGGAUGGAAAAGACCCAACCAGCAGGACCCCAGUGAACCAGGCCAGCAGCACAACUCAGAGCAUCAGCAGUAACCUGACUCUUCCCUCAAGCCAAUGGAAAACCCUGAACACAAUAACAUGCAGAGCUGAACAUCGCUGCUUCAACCCCACACAGAGGACCAGCAAUGUUAAUGGACCUGCAGUGACCAGCACUCCCACAGUUCUGAUCAGGAGGUCUCUCCCAGACUUACUGGAUGGAGACAGUGCUGUGCUGGAGUGUGCCAUCACACAACUCUCCUCCAGUGACCUCUACGUCACCUUUCAGGCCAAUGGGGUUGAUUUCCCUGAGAAACAGUAUGUAGAUCUGCCUGCCUCCAAAGACCCCCAUUCACUCACCAGACGGUUCUCUAUACCCACAUCACACUGGAAGAAAGAAAACACUUUCACCUGUAAAGUGAACCAAGGCUACUCCAACAGCUGGGUGUCUAACUCCACAGGAACACUUUUUGGUGAACUGUCCAUGGAACUCCUUCUAGUCCCUAAUGAGGAGAUGUCAGGCUCAGGGACCCAGAAACUCAUGUGUUCUGGGCGGGGCUUCAACCCUCAGAUCAAGUGGCUGUCUGGGUCUAAACAGAGGUCUGCAGCAGACAAUGAGAGAAGGAUGAGGGAAGACGGACAUGUGGCAGUAACCAGUCAUAUCACAGUAACACAGCAGGAGUGGAAUGAGGGGAAGGACUUCAUCUGUGAGGUCAUAGACAAAGAUCUUCAGAAAACUGUCAGGAAGAGCACCAGUUUAUGCACAGCUUUUCCCUCGUCUACUCCAUCGCUCCACCUGGAGACCCCCAGGUUCAGGACAGUGAUGACACAGACUGAGGUAACAGCUACAUGUGUGGUCCACUCUGCGUAUGACGCCAAAGUGUCCUGGCUUCUGGAUGGAAAAGACCCAACCAGCAGGACCCCAGUGAACCAGGCCAGCAGCACAACUCAGAGCAUCAGCAGUAACCUGACUCUUCCCUCAAGCCAAUGGAAAACCCUGAACACAAUAACAUGCAGAGCUGAACAUCGCUGCUUCAACCCCACACAGAGGACCAGCAAUGUUAAUGGACCUGCAGUGACCAGCACUCCCACAGUUCUGAUCAGGAGGUCUCUCCCAGACUUACUGGAUGGAGACAGUGCUGUGCUGGAGUGUGCCAUCACACAACUCUCCUCCAGUGACCUCUACGUCACCUUUCAGGCCAAUGGGGUUGAUUUCCCUGAGAAACAGUAUGUAGAUCUGCCUGCCUCCAAAGACCCCCAUUCACUCACCAGACGGUUCUCUAUACCCACAUCACACUGGAAGAAAGAAAACACUUUCACCUGUAAAGUGAACCAAGGCUACUCCAACAGCUGGGUGUCUAACUCCACAGGAACACUUUUUGGUGAACUGUCCAUGGAACUCCUUCUAGUCCCUAAUGAGGAGAUGUCAGGCUCAGGGACCCAGAAACUCAUGUGUUCUGGGCGGGGCUUCAACCCUCAGAUCAAGUGGCUCUCUGUGUCUGCAGCAGCCUAUGAGAUUAGGUCUAAACAGAGGUCUGCAGCAGACAAUGAGAGAAGGAUGAGGGAAGACGGACAUGUGGCAGUAACCAGUCAUAUCACAGUUACACAGCAGGAGUGGAACCAGGGGAAGGACUUCACCUGUGAGGUCAUCGACAAGUAUCUUCAGAAAGAGGACCUUCAGAAAGUCAGAAUGAGCAUCAAUAUAUGUGCAGUGACUCCAAUAUCCUCUCAGAAAGUAGCGGUGUACCUACAGGGACCCACUCUUCAGGAGCUGAGGACAGAUGGACAGGUGCCUGUCACCUGCCUGCUGGUGGGUCCCAGCCUUGGGGACUUUUCUGUCAGCUGGAAGGUGGAUGGGUUUGUGGCUUCUCAAGGUGGGGUUACACGGGCCCCAAAGGACCAUUCCAAUGGGACACAGACUGAGCAGAUCAUGUUUAAUGUGUCUGCGAGGGAUUGGCAUGCACACAAACUUGUGUCUUGUGAGGUGAAGCACCGCUGCUCCAGCCAAGCCCAGGUGGAGCAUAUCACCAAAUGCAGAGAUCCCAAGCCACCCUCUAUAAAGAUAGUGAGACCAUCAGUUUCUGAUCUAUGGGGGUCAAAUAAUGCCACACUGCUUUGCUUGGUGUCUGGGUUCUUCCCCUCUGAUGUAAUAGUGAAUUGGGAGAAGGCUGGCAGUCGUCUACCUUUUUCUCGCUACUCCAGUAUCCCAUCAGUCCUUUAUGCAGGGAGCAGCACCUACUCCAUGAACAGUAGACUCAUCGUGCCCAGGUCCGAGUGGGAUCACAACUCCAAUUACUCCUGUGCUGUCAGACACGAGUCGUCCGAGAGACCUAUCACCAGCACAAUAGAGAAUGUAUUUGGCUCAGUGACCCCCUCUGCACCAACAGCAACCCUGCUCCAGGGUCCUAGUGAGCUCGUCUGCCUGGUGCUUGGCUUCAGCUCUUCGGACAUCAACAUCACCUGGCUGCUGGACAACGUCACAGAGCUGUGGAACAACAACACUAGCACCACCUACAGGGCACCAGGAGGAAAGUUCGGCAUCAGGAGCCACCUGAGCCUGGCACACCAGGACUGGACACCGGGGGCUGUUUACACCUGCAGGGUGACCCACACCACCCAGACUCUGGCCCUGAACAUAUCCAAACCAGUGCUCCUUGGGGUGGAGGGUGUCUUCUUUGACGAGAACAGGUCUGACCCCAUUCUGGCGGACACUGCAGAGGAGAACUGGAACAUGGCCUGCAUCUUCCUGGUCCUCUUCCUCAUCUCCCUCCUCUACAGCAUCACAGUCACUCUGGUCAAGACAAAAUGAUGACUUCAGGACACUUCCAUAUGACAGAACCCUUCAACUGGAAAGGAAACCAUUUAUUUCAACCUUUUCUUAUACAAUCACAACACGUUUCUUUACAACAUUGCAUAGAUUGAAUUUCUUACGGUUUCCUGUAGCAGGUUUGAUGACAGGGAAUUGUUCUUGUUUUUAUUCCCCACAAAGACAGACAAUGUGGUGGUGCGCUUACUUGCUCUCAUCUCUUGUUAAUGCAUUAUAGAAUUUUUGAGCAGAGAUAAAAAGGGAUGUUUAACCGCUAUUAAAUAAAGCAUACCAUUACGCUUUAUGAUGAAGUGUUUAGACACCAGUUAUUGCUGAAUUAUCUGCUGAUAAUAAAACAUUAUUUCAAACAA